AAGUAGUCGGCGGACAUCUUUGAACGGGCCGGAAGACGUCGGGCCGAGAGGCACCUUCCUCGUUUCCUAUUCGCGAAUCGGCUCUUUUGAACCGGGCGGGGGAUCCCAAGGGCCGAGCUCUGCUGCUCGCGCGCCAGAUUUCCGAGUCGUUUUCGAAGCGGGAGAGAGUGGCAAGGCCGACAAACGGCGCGUUAUAGAGAAGCAACAGAAAAGCCGCUUAAAUGUUUUGGGGCUGGAAGCAAAAUGCGAGGCACAAGUGGAGCUGAGAAAAGCGCCUCGCGGUGUAGUCCGUUCCAUUCCCACCCACCCACUCCGAACACAGCCGGAAGUCUCGUGCGCUAGCCUCGCCUCUCUUUCCCUCUAAGGAAAAAAAGGCGGUGGAGGAGCCGAAUUCAAGGUUGCCGCGGCGCCAUCUGAAAUCGAAGAGGCUGCCGUGAUGUUGCACAAAUUGGUUAUAAAGUGUGGAAACUUUGCUGUUCUGGUGGAUUUCCAUGUUACGUCGCGUGACUCCAGUAAGGACACUGUGUGGUUUUCUGAUCGUAAGAGAGAGGAUGUCUGCUUGCUGCUAAAAGAUGUGGUUGAUUCAAGGGUGACGCAGUACCUGAAAGGUCGCAAACAGCACAGACAGGCGAAGGAAACGGAACACACAAAAGUUAAUCCUUUGUCUCUGAAAGCUGGUGACUUUCACAUUUCAGCCUACUUUGUCAAAAGAUGGACGAAUCUUCGAUGUAUUAUGGGUCGGAAGCAUGGUGGAAGAGAUGUUUCCUCCUGGGACAUCGGAAUAUUUCGGAGAAUCCGCGGCAACUUCCCUGACUCAGCAGGAAAAGCAAGACGCCCUGAAAAAGAUAGUGAAGAGGACCAAAACAAAGAAAGCUGAUGAGAGCAAGCAGCCCAGCAAGGACACCGUGAAAGUGUAUCUUGGCUCUCUGCACUCAGACAGGGAGUAGGAAGAAUGCAUCUCCAGCUCCUUCCGAUGCUCAGCCCGAAGCAAAAAACGUAGGCGUGGAGCUCGACCAAAGGAUUGCAUAAAUACAGCUGAGAGCAGCUUGGGGCUUCCUGUUUCAGAAUGGGACAAGUGAUGUGAAUUGGAGACAGCCGAGCCAUGCAGCCGGCCAGCAAAAACUACAUUUUGCGGCGUGGUUAGACAGGGCUUCGACGCAGGAACCCUCGGCGGUGCUGUGAG